CGAGGAAUUCCGUAAGGCUUGAGGAAGGGCUCAGCUGCUCUUCCAACCAAACUUGCUGGCAAAAGGACAUAUCUUUUAAAUGAGAGAGACAGAGCCAAAUCUAAAGUCUUUGGAUGAUUCAAUGCCUAAAAGCCCGUCAUCAGUGGCUGCGCCUGCAAAAUCAGACAUGGCCAAAGCUUCAAUUUCAUCAGCAUUAGCUCUUCAACCUUCUUGGUUCACUGCCAAAAGGUUACUAGCCAUAUUCUGUGUGAUCAACUUGUUAAAUUAUGUGGAUCGUGGAGCUAUUGCAAGCAAUGGUGUUAAUGGGAAACGUAGUGAGUGUACUAAGAGCGGUACAUGCUCUUCUGGCAGUGGAAUCCAGGGUGAUUUUAACUUGAACAAUUUUCAGGAUGGUGUUAUAUCAUCUGCUUUCAUGGUUGGGCUUCUCGUGGCAUCUCCAAUAUUUGCCUCCUUAGCCAAGAGUGUUAAUCCAUUUAGACUUAUUGGAGUUGGACUGACAGUCUGGACCUUUGCUACUGCUGGUUGUGGCCUGUCAAUUGAUUUCUGGUCCAUUACCAUAUGCAGAAUGCUGGUCGGUGUUGGUGAGGCAUCUUUCAUAAGCCUUGCUGCUCCAUUCAUUGAUGACAAUGCCCCAGUUGAUCAGAAAACAGCAUGGCUGGGAAUAUUUUACAUGUGCAUCCCAACUGGGAUUGCUGUUGGCUAUGUAUAUGGCGGAUUGGUUGGAAGCCAUCUUGAUUGGCGUUGGGCAUUCUGGAUAGAGGCAUUGCUGAUGCUUCCUUUUGCAAUUUUAGGUUUUGUGAUGAAACCGUUGCAAUUGAAAGGUUUCUCGCACACGGGAUCACAAAAACCAGUGACUUCUGCGCAGACUUCUUGCCCAGAAGCAGUUGCUUCUACUAGUAUAGAUGGUUCAUACCCAACAAGAAAUGAUUCCAAGGAUGAUUCAAAAAGUGCACCCAGAAUUUUGAAUCAGUUGACAAGAUUUUGGAAGGAUAUGAAGGUGCUUUUGCUUGAAAAGGUCUACAUUGUGAAUGUCCUAGGAUACAUAGCAUAUAAUUUUGUAAUAGGUGCUUAUUCAUACUGGGGACCAAAGGCUGGCUAUUACAUAUACCAUAUGAACAAUGCAGAUCUGAUGUUUGGAGGUAUUACUAUCGUAUGUGGAAUAUUUGGAACCUUAGCAGGAGGCUUUGUUCUGGAUCGAAUGACUUCCACAAUAUCCAAUGCCUUUAAGCUUCUUUCAGUGGCAACAUUUUUUGGAGCGAUAUUUUGCUUUGCUGCCUUUUGUUUUAAGAGCUUGUAUGCCUUCAUUGCUCUUUUUGCAAUUGGAGAACUGCUUGUAUUUGCGACGCAGGGCCCUGUAAAUUAUGUCUGUUUGCAUUGCGUCAAACCAAGUUUGAGACCAUUGUCUAUGGCUAUGUCCACUGUUUCGAUUCACAUAUUUGGUGAUGUGCCUUCCUCUCCUCUGGUGGGCGUUCUCCAGGAUCACAUUAACAAUUGGAGGGCUACUGCUCUAAUCCUGACAUCAGUACUGUUUCUAGCCUCUGGAAUAUGGUUUAUAGGUAUCUUUCUUCAUAGUGUUGAUAGAUAUAAUGAAGAAAAUGAGCAUCAAGUUAGUAUUGCUGAUAGAUCAAACACAAUUCCACUUCUUGAGGAGAAAUCUGCUGAAACAAGUCCAAGUCUCUGCUGAUUCCCAGUUUACACUUAAAAAUGUGAAUUUCUUGUAUGAUUAUCUUGUUUGUAAAUUCUGGUCCACUUGCCAAAGGAAAAAUACUUAUAUGUGUUGAUGGGAAUCAUAGAAAGCUUCUUCAUCUUCCAGGUGCGCUAAACUCACUAACAAUUAUUAGAGGUACAAUUUCGAACUGUACAAUAUAUUAGUAAAAAUUGACUCCUGUCUUGUUGAGCCUUU